AAUCCCCUUAAAAAAUCUCCGACCAUCUCAUCCGCCCUCUCGCUCUGCCCCUCUGUCUGUGCUAUCAAUCGAAGAGAAGACAUGGGUCAGGGAACUCCCGGCGGUCUUAACCGGCAGCCCGGCGAUCGGAAGCAGGACGGGGCCGACAAGAAGGAGAAGAAGUUCGAGCCGGCGGCGCCGCCAUCCCGGGUCGGCCGGAAGCAGCGGAAGCAGAAGGGGCCUGAGGCAGCUGCCCGGCUCCCCACGGUGACUCCCCUGACGAAAUGUAAACUCCGGCUGCUGAAGCUCGAGCGGAUCAAGGACUACCUGCUGAUGGAGGAGGAGUUCGUCGCUAAUCAGGAACGGCUCAAGCCGCAAGAGGAGAAGGCCGAGGAGGAUAGAUCUAAGGUCGACGACCUGAGGGGAAGCCCCAUGAGUGUUGGUAACUUGGAGGAACUGAUCGAUGAGAACCACGCCAUCGUCUCGUCCUCGGUCGGCCCAGAGUAUUAUGUUAGCAUCCUCUCGUUUGUUGACAAGGACCAGCUCGAGCCCGGCUGCGCCAUUUUGAUGCAUAACAAGGUUCUUUCUGUGGUGGGGCUUCUUCAAGAUGAAGUCGAUCCCAUGGUGUCAGUAAUGAAGGUUGAGAAGGCACCAUUGGAAUCAUAUGCUGACAUUGGUGGUCUCGAUGCCCAGAUACAGGAGAUCAAAGAAGCUGUUGAGCUCCCUCUUACCCAUCCUGAGCUGUAUGAAGACAUCGGUAUCAAACCUCCCAAGGGAGUUAUAUUAUAUGGAGAGCCUGGAACUGGCAAAACCUUGCUUGCGAAGGCUGUGGCAAACUCAACAUCAGCAACGUUCUUGCGUGUUGUUGGAAGUGAAUUGAUUCAGAAAUAUUUGGGAGAUGGUCCAAAAUUAGUGAGGGAACUCUUCAGAGUUGCUGAUGAGCUUUCACCUUCAAUAGUCUUCAUUGAUGAAAUUGAUGCUGUUGGUACAAAGAGGUACGAUGCCCACUCCGGUGGUGAACGUGAGAUUCAGAGGACUAUGUUGGAACUGCUUAACCAGUUGGAUGGUUUUGAUUCAAGAGGUGAUGUUAAAGUCAUCCUUGCUACCAACAGAAUCGAGAGUCUGGACCCUGCUUUGCUUCGACCUGGUCGAAUAGAUAGGAAGAUUGAGUUCCCUCUGCCUGAUAUCAAAACAAGAAGACGUAUUUUCCAGAUACAUACAUCGAGAAUGACAUUAGCAGAUGAUGUCAACUUGGAAGAGUUUGUCAUGACAAAGGAUGAGUUCUCUGGAGCCGAUAUUAAGGCCAUCUGUACUGAAGCCGGGUUGCUUGCAUUGAGGGAACGCCGCAUGAAGGUAACGCAUGCGGACUUUAAGAAGGCAAAGGAUAAGGUGAUGUUUAAGAAGAAAGAAGGGGUCCCUGAAGGGCUCUAUAUGUGAACGCAUCGCUUCCUGGUAUUCGAUUUCCUGUAUAUCAUCUGGAACCAGCGAUCUCAUCUCCAUUUUCGUGUUUUGAAAAUGAUUUCUCCUAAGUUUUCAUUUGGAAAGUCUUAUCUGACGAUGGAUACGAUAUCUACAGAAUGUUUGUAGCAAAAUGCUUUCAGUUGCAAUGGAAUAUCUUUCGUUCUUAGUCCAA